AUGGCCUAUGAUCCACUGCCACAAGCAGAGAGUGGAGUGUUGGAUGAGCUCAGCGUGUGGCAAGAGCUGGAAGAGAAGGAGCUUUUGGGUCCAAGCACCAGGAGGUGGCUCCAGCACUUUUGCUUUUCUUGCUGGGGAUGGCUUUGGGCGGUUUGCACUCUGGCCGUUUGUGGCUACAGCAUGUUGCGCCCCAAUGAGGGUCUUGCUGCCCUCAUGGGACAGAAAGCGACUUGCCUAGCAGCGGCUAUGUCUGGAAUCGCCACCAUGUGUACUAUGAUCUCCACAUCUGGUGCUCUUUCACUGCUGACGAGUGAGGUCUUCAGAAAACUGUUGAACAGACACAAACAAGCUGCCUUUGCGUUUCAAAAGAAUGAUCAAUUCGAGUGUGAGUUGGUGCCCAUGCUUUAUUUGGCAAGAAAGCUGCUUGUAUUUGCACUUUUGAUGGGUAUUCCGCUCAGCCGUGCCUUUUCCGAUGCCCUGUACUUUCUUGCAUGGCUGCUAUUGAUUGGUUUGAUGAUGUUCUAUUAUCCUGGUGCCAUCAUCAUCCGGCGUGUUGUGGGAGAUUUGAGCCGCUCUUUGGUCGAAGACCUGAUGAAAGACAUUAGAGAUGGCAUAGAGGUCUACAAGGGCAGCGGACAGUUCUGGCAAGCGAUGACGGAGAAACACAAACAGAUGGACCGAAUGCUUGAACAGACCUGGGCACUCGCAAAGUGGAUGAUUGUACCACAUAUGAUCGCCAUGCUGAUGAUUGCGAUCAUUGGCUUGGUGGCCUGCUUGUCUGCUGUGGUCACCAGUCAGAAUGGCCUCACCGCGUGUUGCGGCUUGUGCAGUAUAUGCCUCAUGGUGGUUUUGAUGUCCAGCCGAUUGUGGGAGCUGGCUAGCAUCACCCAGAUGUGUAUGUCCACCACCACAGAGACUUCCAGCAUUUUGUCGCAUGCAAUUGCCAAGUCUGGCACAAGUCCUUGCAGCCAAACCAGUCUGAAGACAGCGGGUUACUCAAGCUUUGCAGAAGAGCGUGCAGACCAUUCGCGCUUUCUGACCUAUUUGAUGGUGAAUCGAACAGGCGUGGAGAUGUUUGGGGUGCUCAUCGACUCGCAGUUGAUCACCCGCUUUUUGGCACAGGCCACGACCGGCUUUGUAGCACUCUUGUCGUACAUGCUGGCCAACCUGGAUAUUCGCAAGGAGGAUUUGGUGGCACACUUGGAUGAGACAGGCCGCUACUUCUCCAAGAUGAUUCACCUUCAAUAG